AUGCUCAAGACAACCCGUCCGAGAUUCAUGGUCCAUCAACGGUCGCAUUCGACAUCGAGGUAGGCGGCGGCACUGCAACGCGUGAUCGAUGACUUCCCCGAGUCGGCACUCGUUUGUUUGCAAUACACACACACACUUCAUUUUAUCUUCCGGAGGCACAACAGAUCUGUUGCCGUUGAAAGGAACAUGCAAGCAUAAGAUGACGGAGAAGUCGUUUCCCGAGAGGACGCUUCUUUUCGUUUUGUUCCUCUCUUUCUUAUUUCUGUUGACCUAUUUCCUACUUUUCUCAUGACGUAUUUAAACCUCUUCUCACAUGCUUUCUUCCGUGGGGAGCCCUUUUGAAUUCUCUGGAAGUUUGCCUCCAUCCGGAAGCUUUUGUCAUGCGGAGAAGGCACUAAUGUCUUCAUAUUGUCACAUAAUUAAUUUUGCGUUCAGUGGAAUAAGGCGAUAAAGAGCGGCUCUGUGUGGGACGGCUUGUGCCCUUGGGCUCCCUCCAAGAGAAAGCCGCUCCGUCAGAACACAAAAAGCGUGUCAACUGCAUAAAAUUGACUCGUUAACGAGUGAGACAUUAUCCAUUCACAACUCGCUUUUCCUGUUUUCAAACUCCAUCGGAAACUAUAGAAGAUACCCCCAUCGACACACUAAUGAUUCUAUUGAGAUGGUCUGACAAGCUUUUCGAUUCGUUUUCUGCGUUCAACCCAUUCAUUCUUUUCAGUGUCUCCGAAAAAGGCGCCGCAUUCAGCACGCCGCAGGUGAACAGAAAGAACAAGGUGAGUCUUCUGAGCCCCCACUUUCGCCCCGAACUCCGCACGUUUCAGGUGAAUGGCAGCAGAAGAAUGAGCGAUUCGAACAACGUCGCCUACAGUAACGGCGCCAAAGUGAGUGACGAAUCGCGCGUGAUUCUGUUCUCAGCACACAAUGUUUUCAGAAAGUUUUCGAAGGAAACAUCGAGAAGUGGGAGCCGAAUGUGUACGAGAAAGUGAGUGUUGCUUGGAGACCUGAUUGAGAUAAAAAAUCCGAAAAUUAAAUUUAUCUGUGCUGUUUAGUACUCCCACCUGCGUAAUUUCUUUCUGUUCUUACAAUUAGGGUAGCAUUGGCAUUGGUCACACUCGGAAACCCAUGAUAAAUGUAAAUUAGGGACUAAGGAAAAAGAGCAAAAGUGCGGAGCGAAAGGAAGAGCUGAAUGAGCAAUGAGUGGAAAGAAAAGAAAAGAAGAGGAUUAUCAGCUCUAUCUCUCUUCUGCAGGAACUGCUCCGACGCACGUGGUCCGACGAGUUUGACAACCUCUACGAGCUAGGAUCGGCCAUCUACUGCUACAUUUUCGAUCACAAUCCGAACUGCAAACAGUUGUUCCCGUUCAUUUCCAAAUAUCAAGGAGACGAGUGGAAAGAGUCGAAGGAAUUCCGAUCACAGGCGCUGAAAUUCGUGCAGGUGAUGUGAGUACGAACUCCGAGGGUCUAGCCGAAUGCUUUCAGACGUUGGCGCAAGUCGUAAAAAACAUCUACCACAUGGAAAGGACGGAAUCGUUCCUUUAUAUGGUCGGACAAAAGCAUUGCAAGUUCGCAGACAGAGGAUUCAAGCACGAAUACUGGGACAUCUUCCAGGUGAGACCGAUUCUUCUUUGUCAGAGUCAUCUGAAUAGAAGUAAUUGCAGGACGCGAUGGAGUUCGCAUUGGAGAGCCGUCUGAGCAACAUGGCGGAUCUGGACGAGGCGCAGAAGAAGGACGCGGUGGCCGUGUGGAGGACGCUGGCGCUGUACACGACGGUGCACAUGCGGAACGGCUUUCUCGACGGGCUAAAGGGAGUCAACCGGUUCCCUCCGCUCGUCUGA